AUCAAGACUGAGCCCAAAGUCCGAUAUUGCAAUUGGGAGCAGUUCAAGAAUCGCUACACCCCCGAAGAAUGCACCUUUGCUAUCGAAGUGCUCCUGGCCGGAGAUGAUUUGGACGGUGAGAUGGAAGAAGAGCAACUGAAGCGACUGCCUGCCGAGAAGAGGGAGAAGCUCAUCGAAACAAAACGAAAGAAGCCCUCCAGACGACCUCGUGCCGACAAGAGACCCGACAGACAGCGCAUGGAACGUGUUCGCAUUAACUCGUCUGCCAUCCUGUCAUUCAUUGGUGGAGUGACAGGGGAGAUGUCAUGGGCAGAAAAGCCCCACACCUUCCUGAGGCCUUUCAAGAUCUUGAUACACUUUCAUGAUCAGCUUGAGGAGGAAUUUGACAAACUGAAGGCGAGGUUUGAAGACGAUAGCCAGGCCACGCAAGAGGUCAGUCCCAUCUCACGGAACAAACCAGUUUCUCAUUCUUGGGAGAAGAUAACUGAAGCCGGGUUCAAAGAGAUCAAGUGCUACAUGGAGCUUGCUCGGGAACGGCUUCUCCCAACCUACCGCAAGUUCGAGGAAAAGGAUCACACCCAACGUGUCAAGGUGCGUUACGACGACCUUUGGUCUUUGUUCCGCAUCGGAGAGUUCGUCUUCUUUCGACGUGAUUCCAAAGGGAGCUCCUCGAACACGGAAGCCGAAAAUCAUCGUUCUCCUGAUGGGCGACAGAAGAGCCGGAGGCUGUGGAGACUGCACUCCAUCGAGUCAGCCAACGUGGACUGGGCUGUACAAAACCUGGACAGCGAGAACGGGGACUUUCGCCGCAACACGUUGGAAAAAGAGACUGAACUGAAACUCGGAGUCUACUACAUCGACUAUGACGGAAACUCUUAUUGCGGCCUCUCCUACCUUUGGACGCUGCAGCCCUUUGAAGGCGAAAAGGACGUAACUAAACUGGAUUUCUAUCCGGCGCGGUUUGAGAAGGACUAUGAAGCUAAGAUCUCCAAGCUGGUGGACUCGGGAGAGAGGUUCCAAAAGUUGUUACUCUCGACGGAGCCGGCUGUCCAACACGACGGCUGGACACUUACCCAUGACCCUGCUGGUUCGAAGCUGGAGGACGAAGCUGGCAAGACGGCUGAAUACGUUGACAGCGAUGUCAUCAUCGAUUUCCAGGAAGCCUACCAGAUGAAUCCAUCGUGGAAACCAAGUUUCUUUUCCUACAAGAAGCCCACGUUUGAACCAGAGACAACAUUUGAUGAGUUUGCAGUCAUCCAGUGGUCUGGGCCAGAUCGCUCCAAACCCAUCACCAAGCUCACAGAAGUUGUCGUAUCACUGGACGAUGUGGACACGCUGAAAUGGAACAAGUUCGCAGAUGAGGACAAUUUCAUCAUGGACCCAGAUCUGAGGCCCGUCGAGAGUCGCCAAGCCAAGCGCGAGGUGACAGGUCAAGACCUUGCGCUUUUGCCCUCACGCAUGUUUGUCUACUCUUUGAGGAAUCGAAAGUUCAUCAACGCAGAUGUUCAAAACCUGAAGCCUAUCCAGCUCAUGUCGGAUCCUUUUAGCGACCUCAAGAUUGAGGAACCUCACAAGCGACUCAUCAGAUCUGUCGUGCAGGAUCAUUUUGACAAGAAGUCGAUCCAACGACAACUGCGAGCACAAGACAUUGAACCACUGGAGCAGGAUUUCAUCCGCGGAAAAGGCAAGGGUCUCGUUAUCAUGCUGCAUGGCGCACCUGGAGUGGGCAAGACUGCCACAGCCGAAGCAAUCGCCGCUGCGCAUCGGAAGCCCCUGUUCGCCAUCACUUGCGGUGAUCUGGGCAUUGACCCUCGGGAGGUUGAAUCGACCUUGUCUGAGAUAUUCCGGUUAGCAAAUUUGUGGGAUUGUAUUCUGCUUCUUGAUGAAGCCGAGAUAUUCCUGUCCCGUAGGGAAAAGAAGGACGACAACCUUCAAAGAAACGCCCUGGUCUCAAUCUUCCUCAGAACCCUUGAGUACUAUCCAGGAAUCUUGUUUCUCACAACAAAUCGAGUCGGCGUUCUGGAUGAAGCGUUGAAUUCACGCGUACACGUGAGCAUCUACUUCCGUCACCUCGACGCGGAACAGACCAUGGCACUCUUCGACAUGAACUUGAAGCGAUCAGAGAUGAUUGCACAGCAAAGGGCUACCAGUAACAAGGAACCCCCAUUGAUCAUCAAGGCAGAGGAAAUUAGAGGCUUCGCACUCACUCACUUUGCCAAAAAUGCUGGAGGACCAGGCGGACCGGGUACGUGGUGGAAUGGACGUCAGAUCCGCAAUGCCUUUCAGAUCGCCACUUCGCUUGCGUAUGCCGACGCGAGAGACCAAAAGGAUGAUGACAAAAGGCAUCUCGGACGAGAGCAUUUUGAUCAGGUUCUCCAGGCCAUGGAGGAAUACACUCAGUAUCGUCAGGACUUGUUACACAAGACAGACGACGACCUUGCCGCGGACCGGGAGGAACGCUACUUGCGAGUCGGCGGUGACAACUCUGGGAGACGUGAGAGUCCGCGUUACGGGCCCAUGUAUACAGACUAUCCGAGGCCUCGGUCGUUCCAGUAUCCGCGCCCGUCCUAUCCGGCCUCCCCUUCAGGUGCCAGGGGAUUUGCUGGGCGAGAGGGUGAGUAUGUGAGACAAGAUCCUGAUAGUCCAACACCGCAGAGACAAGAGCCGUUCUUAGCUCCUGGGGCUUAUCCUGCAGGCGGGGAUCGGCCCAUGUCCCGGGGCGAAUUCCACGAUCAGGGUCGGGAUUAUGGACAUCCGAGUCGACGGAUGUAA